AUGGAGAUCGGUGGGGUUCCAAAACUUCUAUCUUUCUUGGCUAAGAUCAUUUCCUUUUUCCUUUCACAUAAUCACCAAAAACUUGUUGUCCUCUUCAAGAAAUUCGCAUAUGAGGCAAAACCUAGCUACGUCUUACUUAUGUUUUUUACAAUUAGCAUUCUUAUUGUAGGCAUUUUCUCUAGAAUUGCUCAAGAAGAUUUUCAAUAUCAUUCCGACUCCUUUUUCUCUGUCUUAGAAUUACAUCCAUUGUCAUAUGGAUUUGAUGAAGAUAUGACAUAUGAAAUUUACAGUAGCACUACUAUUGUAGAUGAAGACGACCAAGAUUUUGUUCCCCGUUUAGUUCAUCUAGAAUUAGUCAAGGGUGCCAGUGGGAGCCAUGAAGAUUACGAUCCCUCAUUCAGUUCUUGUUGGACGAAUCAAGGUUGCCAACAGGAGGGGAACAGAAGAAUCUGUAGCCAAAAACAUUUGGAAACGGAAGACAAGUUUCUUUAG